CGAUUUUUCCCCAUCAAAUUCCAUCGAAGCCCGCUGGGAAAUCCACGCGAAAAGAUAAUAAAGAUAAUAAAGAUUAUAAAGAUGAUAAAGAGACUGGCCCUUUUCCUCCUGCUGGUGGCCCAAGAGGGGCGCUGUCAGACCACCCAAAACAUCAACGUUUUGUUUGUGAACGAGGAGGGCAAUGAGGUGGCCGAUAGAGCUUUAGACGUGGCUCUAACUUACCUCAAAAAGAACACCAAAUUGGGAAUAAGCGUCGAUUUGAGGCGCGUGGUAGGGAAUAGGACGGAUUCGAAUUCUUUUUUGGAUUCACUAUGCUCCACGUACAACCAGCUGCUGCAGACCCAGGUCUACCCCCACCUGGUGCUCGACACCACCAUGACCGGCCUCGGCUCGGAGACGGUGAAGAGCUUCACCGCCGCCUUGGGCCUGCCGACGGUCAGCGCCUCCUUCGGCCAGGAGGGCGACCUGCGCCAGUGGCGGAACAUCGACCAGGACGAGCAGGACUACCUGGUGCAGAUCUGUCCGCCGGCCGACGUCAUACCGGAGAUCGUGCGCUCGCUGGUGCUCAACCAGAACGUCACCAACGCCGCCAUUUUGUUCGAUACCUCCUUCGUGAUGGACCACAAGUACAAGUCUUUGCUGCAGAACGUGGCCACCAGGCACCUGAUCACGCCUAUAAAGGACGGCAACGACGUGGUGGAGCAGCUGAACCAGUUGAACAAGCUGGACUUGUACAAUUACUUCGUAUUGGCCAGCAUCGCGAACAUCAAACGGGUGCUGGACGCCGCCGACACCUUGGGAUUCUUCAACAGGAAAUUCGCCUGGCACGCCAUCACCCAGGACGAGGGUGAGUUGAAGUGCAUCUGCAAGAACGCCACCAUAAUGUACGUGAAGCCGCUGCCGAACGCCACCUACCAGGACCGGCUGGGCACCCUGCAGAGGACCUAUCAGUUGAACACCGAGCCCAUCAUAGCAUCGGCCUUCUACUUCGAUCUGGCUUUGCAUUCUUUCAUCGCCAUCAAGGAUCUCAUAGCAGACGGUGUAUGGAAGAACGCGAUGGGCGAUUACAUCACCUGCGACGAUUUCAACGGGAACAACGCGCCGAAGAGGAAGGGCUUGGACCUGAAGAAGUACUUGAACAAGGUAAGCUCCCAGGUGCUUCGCGUUGAACCUGCCAAUUCGGUUGGACUUGUACAGGAAACGUCGGAGAUGUUCACCUACGGGCCGAUCUCGGUGGUGUCCAACGGCCUCAGCUACAUGGACUUCCAGAUGACCCUGAGCUCGGUGGGAGUCAGAGAAGGCGCCUCCGAUAAAUCCCUCGCGCUCGGCACCUGGACCUCCGGCUUCGACAGGAACCUCACCUUGGUGGAUCCCAAGGUGAUGUCCAAUUUGACCGCUGAUGUGGUCUACAGGGUGGUUACUGUGGAGCAAAAACCGUUCAUCUUCAGGGACGAGACGGCCCCCAAAGGCUUCAACGGCUACUGCAUCGAUCUGAUCGACAAGAUAGCGGACAUUUUGAAGUUCGACUACGAGCUGGUGGCUGUGGACAAGUUCGGCACCAUGGACGAGAACGGCAAGUGGAACGGCAUGGUCAAAGAGCUGAUGGAGAAGCGCGCCGACGUCGCCUUGGGGUCCAUGUCGGUGAUGGCGGAGCGCGAGAACGUCAUCGACUUCACCGUGCCCUACUACGACCUGGUGGGCAUCUCCAUACUGAUGAAGCUGCCCGAAACCCCGACCAGUUUGUUCAAAUUCCUCACCGUGCUCGAGAACGACGUUUGGUUGUGCAUUCUAGCCGCUUACUUCUUCACCAGCUUCCUGAUGUGGGUGUUCGACAGAUGGUCGCCCUACAGCUACCAGAACAACAGGGAGAAGUACAAGGACGACGAGGAGAAACGCGAGUUCAACUUCAAGGAGUGCCUGUGGUUCUGCAUGACGUCGCUGACGCCCCAAGGGGGCGGCGAGGCGCCCAAGAACCUGUCGGGGCGGCUGGUCGCCGCCACCUGGUGGUUGUUCGGCUUCAUCAUCAUCGCCUCGUACACGGCCAAUUUGGCCGCCUUUCUCACCGUCUCCCGAUUGGACACACCCAUCGAAUCCCUCGACGAUCUCUCCAAGCAGUACAAGAUCCAGUACGCGCCGUUGAACGGCUCCUCCGUGCAGACCUACUUCGAGAGGAUGGCCAACAUCGAAGCCAGGUUCUACGAGAUCUGGAAGGACAUGAGCCUGAACGACAGCCUGUCGGAGGUGGAGCGAUCGAAGCUGGCCGUGUGGGACUACCCGGUGAGCGACAAGUACACCAAGAUGUGGCAGGCCAUGAGGGAGGCCGGGCUGCCCGACAGCCUCGACGAGGCCGUCCGAAGGGUGAGGGCGUCGAAGUCGUCGAGCGAGGGUUUCGCCUUUUUGGGCGACGCCACCGACGUCAAGUACCUGGAGAUCACCAGCUGCGAUCUGACCGCCGUCGGCGAGGAGUUCUCCAGGAAGCCGUACGCCAUCGGGGUGCAGCAGGGAUCGCCUUUGAAAGAUCAAUUCAAUACGGCGAUCCUGCAGCUGUUGAACAGGCGCGAGCUGGAGCGGCUGAAGGAGAAGUGGUGGAACAAGAACCCGGAGAAGAAGAACUGCGAGCAGGUGGACGACCAAUCGGACGGGAUCAGCAUCCAGAACAUCGGGGGCGUCUUCAUCGUGAUCUUCGUGGGCAUCGGAUUGGCCUGCGUCACCUUGGCCUUCGAGUACUGGUGGUACAAGUACAGGAAAGGCGGGAGGGUCGUGGACGUGCAGGAGGCGCUGCCGCAGAACAAGCAGACGAAUUUGGGCGAUGACGACGCGCCGCCAUUUUCCAAAGGGAAAUCCUUUAAGGCGAAAAUGGCGUUUCCGAGAGCGAGGUUUUAG